UUCAUCAUUCCUCCCCCUCCUGCUUCCCUUCCUGACUCUCAGCCAACUUCUCCUUCUGUCUGGUUCCAGCGCAGGCUUCUUGCAGCCCUAGCUCUGCGCACUCUGCACUGGGGCCCAGAGGAGAGCGGCUUUCCUCAGACCUUCCCUGGGAGGAAGAGACCACCAGACAGAGGGUGUGACUCCAGGGAGGUGGCAGGAGAGGAGACAGCAUGUCCACUUGUGCAGGGACUGCAGAGGGCGGUGAGCUGGCCCCUGUGGUACCACAGCCCACCCACAUCGACGUGCACAUCCACCAGGAGUCUGCUCUGGCCAAGCUCCUGCAGGCCACGGGUUUCCAGCUGCGGUCCUGGGCCCAGCCCAAGGGCACCGCCUCCCAGGCCCCAGGUAGCAGCCGGCUGCUGGUGGCAUCCUGGGUGACGCAGAUCGUGCUGGGCGUCUUGAGUGGAGUCUUGGGAGGAUUUCUCUACAUCUUUGAACCCUCCUACCUAGUGGGCUCAGGGGCUGCCAUCUGGACAGCGGCAGUGGCUGUGCUGGCUGGAACUGCUGCCUUCCUUCGUGAGAAACGGGGUGGCAUCUGCUGGGGCUUUCUGAGGACCCUGCUUGCGCUGACAGCUUUUUCCACCGCUGUUGCUGCCAUUAAAAUUGGGGCUGAUGGCUUCUACUGGAACCACUUCUACAAUGGGGCCUAUGUCUGCGACACUUCCUCCCGGCGGAGCUGGCCUACCCCACCGCCCAGCACGCUGAGUCCCGAGGAAGCCAGGAGGCAGCACCUGUGUGUCUCCUACGUGGACAUGCUGAGGGCCCUGUUCACAGGCCUCAAGGCCAUGCUCCUGAGUGUCUGGGUUCUGCUGCUGGUGGCAUCUCUAGCCCCUCUGGCUACCUUGGCCUCUCCAUGUCUGCGCUGCUGCAGAAGACUCCUACCUGAGGAGGAAAGGGAGCAGAAAGAACUGCUGGGGAUGGAAUGCAGCCCUGCUUCUGCCUGAGCACUGGUCCCUGCAUCUGACUCACCCAUUAUCAUUCCCCCUGACACAGCCACCAUCCUGGCUCCAGCCCAUUUCUUACUCACCUCCACCAUCCUGCUGGCUUUGUGUCCCCUCUUGAGCAGUAACUGGAUAAUAAACUCUCUUAUGGUCUUUGUUCCCAGCUUCUUGCUUUGUUAU